AUGCUCCCCAGUUUUUGGUUUCGGCAAUCCUCGGCAUUACUCGUCUUUUUCCGGCUUAUACCAGUCAUUUAGCUAGCCAAGCUGAUUAGCCAGGCUACCUCAGCUAAUGUUUGUAGGAAAUUUAACGUUCGGGGAAUUAGACUGAAUGAUACAAACAGUGUAGAAAGAUGGCGGACGUAAAGGGACAAGGAGUUUGCUCCUCGGUCCCUCCGUUGCCUCGCCCUUCCUCCCGUAACGGCUCCGGUAGCGGCAGCGUUACGCCAGACACCGGCGGCAGCUGGCAGACGCCAACCACCGUUACUUCAGGCCCCAGGCUGGUGCGGAUAGUGAAGUCUGACUCGGGCUACGGCUUCAACGUUCGGGGGCAAGUAAGCGAAGGCGGGCAGCUGCGGAGCAUUAAUGGGGAGCUGUACGCUCCUCUGCAGCAUGUGAGUGCUGUCCUCCCUGGAGGAGCUGCAGACAGAGCCGGUAUCUCAAAGGGGGAUAGGAUCCUGGAAGUCAACGGGGUGAAUGUAGAGGGAGCCACACACAAGCAGGUGGUGGACCUGAUCCGGGCUGGCGAGAAGGAGCUGGUGCUGGCCGUUCUGUCCGUCCCGCCGCAGGAAGCCGACUGCCUGGAUCCCGGCGACGACGUGUCGGCCCUGUCCUGUUACGACUACUCUGACAAGCAGGCCGUCCCGAUCUCCAUUCCGAGCUACAAACACACUGAACUCAAUGGUGAAAAGUUUGUGGUGUAUAAUGUGUAUAUGGCGGGUAGGCAGCUGUGCUCCAAGCGUUAUCGGGAGUUUGUGAUUUUGCACCAAAACCUUAAGAGGGAAUUUGCCAACUUUACGUUCCCCAAACUUCCUGGGAAGUGGCCUUUUUCACUCUCUGAGCAGCAGCUCGAUGCACGGCGCCGAGGCCUGGAGGAGUACCUCGAAAAAGUCUGUUCAGUACGGGUAAUUGGAGAAAGCGACAUCAUGCAGGAGUUCUUGUCUGAAUCAGACGAGAACUAUAACGGUGUUUCAGACGUGGAGUUGAGAAUAGCCAUGCCAGAUAAUACUACCCUCACCGUUAGAGCUCGUAAAAACUCCACCACAGACCAGGUUUAUCAGGCCGUGGUCAUGAAGCUUGGCAUGGACAGUAUAACUGCUAGCUACUUUGCUCUGUUUGAGGUCAUCAACCAUACCUUCGUGCGUAAACUGGCACCCAAUGAGUUCCCCCACAAACUUUAUGUACAGAACUAUACCUCAGCCGUCCCAGGAACCUGCCUCACGCUGCGAAAGUGGCUCUUCACCACAGAAGAAGAGAUCUUGCUCAGUGACAACCAACUUGCUGUCAGCUACUUCUUUCACCAGGCAGCUGAUGAUGUGAAGAAAGGCUUCGUUAAAGUUGAGCAGAAGUCUUAUCAGCUCCAAAAACUGGCAGAGCAGAAGAAGAUGUCCAUGUACUUGAGUUUGUUACGGAGCUGUGAGGGCUACAAUGAGAUCGUAUUCCCUCAUUGUUCCUGUGACUCCCGACGCAAAGGCCAUGUGAUCACAGCCAUCAGUAUACACAACUUUAAGCUGCACGCCUGUACAGAAGAAGGUACUAUUGAGAACCAGGUGAUUGCUUUCGAAUGGGGGGAGAUGCAGAGAUGGGACACAGACGAAGAGGGCAUGGCUUUCUGUUUCGAAUAUGCACGGGGAGAGAAGAAGCCACGCUGGGUGAAGAUUUUUACUCCUUAUUUUAACUACAUGCACGAGUGCUUCGAGAGAGUCUUCUGCGAGCUGAAGUGGAGGAAAGAGGUGGAAGAGGAGGCCACAGACAAGGACAACAAGAACUGCAGUAAAGACGGUCUGUGCGGAAAGAAUAUUUUCCAGCUGUUGAGGCACAGAAGAGAUGGGGGCACGUAGGGGGGAGAACACUGUCACCGACUCAGCUGAGUGUUUUACCUUGACCCAGUCUCACUCAGCCAAGAACUUACACGGUCAUCAUUUACACUCCAUUAACUACGACACAGGACGCUGCUCCCUACAUGUUAACCAACAACCAUCUGCUGAAAAACAUGAAAACACAAGCAUUAAAAAAAAAAAAAAAGAAAGAAACUACAUGACUCAUGAGCCAGAACUUUAUGAACAUGUGUUAAACUAAAGCUUUGGCAGACCUAAAGUGAAGGAUUCAUGCAAGAUGUUCUUCCUGGUCAGAAGUGGAUUGUAAGCAGGAUGAUUUAAACUUUUUUUUUUUUUUUUUUGGAAAACAAAGUGAAUAAUCAGUGCAAAAACAAGGACAACUGAAAGUAUUCAGAGGGAGGAACAAAGACGAGGAUAAUCUGCUGUUCUUAUCCCGUUGUGGGUGCAUGAUGUCCACAUCUGGUGGAGAAGAGUCAGAGAUCCUGGGAUGUAACUUACAGAUAAAUCAGGUUACAUGUUGACAAUUGUCACACAUUUUGCGCUGAAUUUGCCUCUAGAAAGAAUCAAAACGUCUGAACGUAGCAGGCCAAACAAAUGCAUUUGUUAGUUUUAUUUUUGGGGGACGCCCACUUGGAUUUACACUAAUGUUGCACUUUAUCAGACUGUAUUCAUGCAGCUUCAGGGUGUGCAGAUCGCAACCUCAGACAUUACACAUGGGUUCAGUACUGGAAUAAGCCCAGGCUGGAUGUAAACAUUUUGACUGACUGAAUUAUAAACUGAUUCCCCAACUGGUGUUAAAGCCAUGACUUUCUGUGUUCAAAAACGCCCUGUUUAUUUUUCUUAUAGUAUAAUAAAAAUGUUUUGAGAAACAGAAUUUUAGGCUUUUUUAGUAGUUCUAAGCCACAAUCAUCAAAAUUAACUGAAAUAAAUGCUUGAAAGAUGUAACUCUGUGUGUAAUGAGUCUUCACUCUUUCAAGUGAAUUACGGAAAUGCAUGUUACUUCCUGAGGAGACUCUAUUUUAUUUAGAUGAACCUGUACCUACAGUAUUAUGAGAACCCAUCCAUGCCAAUAUGUUUUAAGGCCAUGGUACUGUAGAAAAUUAUAUUCAGGGUGCAUUACCUAGAACAAGCAGCAGGGGUCCUUCUGCUCUUUCCUGCUCCCUGGUUCACAGUGAUUACUUUGUCUCUGGGCGCUCCCACAGGAUUUAUAUUAGGCUUGAAAUUCAAGCAGCUUUUCCACUCCACAGUGUUGAUCUCUGUGGACGGUACUUUGCCGAACUGGUCAGCCACCCGUUCACAGCAGAAGUCGGGCUUAGUGAUGCGACAGUCUCUUAUCAGAAGGAUGUUUUCAUCUUUACACAAUAAGGCAAAUAGGCUCCAUUAAUUAAGGCUUUCUUGCAACUGAUCUUAUUGCUGAAAUCUAAUAAUGGAAAUAUGAAGUUUAAUGUCAAGUAAAAGCUAAUAAUGUGAUCCUGCCGUACAGAUAUAAACUUGAAAACUAAACUGGAAUGUUUUUUUUUUUUUUUUUACUCUGUAAGAGCCUGAUGGUAUUUGCUCGUUAUUAAGUUUUGUCUCCCCAGUCUAAUGUCGGUCUGUUUAUAUUGUAUUUUAAUCUAAUCUUAUUGACUUUUAAUUGCAACUAAAAAUCCUUCUGACGUGUUCAUCUUAUUUGAAAAGUUUCCAGUCACUUGGCAUUAGUUUUGUAAAAGUCUUUCAUCUUCACUUAUUUCUUUACAAUGUACUUCCAAUGAGUCAGAUUUUGUUUAUUUCUUUUAGAGAUAUUGUAAUCCUCUUAGGUACUCCCUAAGAGAUUUUCUUUGAAUGUUGGCUGCUUUUUGUAAGUUUUCAGUCUUGUGUCCAACCAUUCAGAUAUUUAUUAGUUGGUUAAGCAGAAUAAUUCAGAUAAAAUGCCUACUGAUUUCACAGCGUGUAAAGUAUUGUCCCUCCUUCUGUGACUGAAUUAAUUGAAUACCAAAGAUAAGAGAUUGAAACAUACGCAGGGUUCCGAAGCACUCUCAAAAUCUGCGGAAUGUAAUUUUUGUAGUUUACUCCAUGGAAAAAAAAAAUACAAGUAUAGCAAAUAUUUAUAUUACCAGACUCAAUACUUUUUAGCAAAAUAUCAGAUUUUUCCAAAAAUAAGUAUGUUCAACCAGAAAUCUUCACACUGAUUGUCUCUGUCUUUUACCGUUUUCACACAGGAAUUAUGUAAACAUUUUAAAUGAAGAUGCAUCCAACUGAGCAUGUGACAUGAAUCUUAUGGAUUUUAGUGCGAUUGCUCAGGUUAAAAGCUAAAAAAAAAACUAAGCUUUUUUUUUUUUUUAAUUAAACGCAUCAUACCAGCCGCUACCAGGUUACUCUUUAAAUGUGAAAAUUAUCACCAAGUGAAAAAGUUACCGAAUUAGCUAUACGUUUCAUAGGCUGCAAGAGAGUGUAAGAGUUUAAACAGAUAACAGGAAGGCUGAAAGUAGAAUAAUGAAGAUUCUCUGCUUUGAUGUCUACCUCUGUCUUACAUGUUACACGUUGGAUUUGGAAAUACUUGCUGCCUUUUGGAAACUUCCCAGAUCAACAUUUUGUAAGGAAUAAACGGGGAGACUUCUGCUUUAGUAAUGCUACACAUACUAACGGCUGAUAUGAGAUGCUUGAAACAGUAGAAAAUAUCAACUCCGUAGUCAUUUUGUCCAUGUUUUAAAAAUAUGAAUCGACCCUGAGUUAUACUGACUGCUCUAACCCUAUCUCGUUGCUUCUUAUGUAAAUAUUUAAUAACAAUUCAUGGCAGGAAUUCUAAAGAGACAUUUUGAACACUGUUCUUACGUGUUAUUGCAAGAGCUUAAUCAUCCAGAAUGUCUGCAACUCAAAUAUUUACAAAAACUGGUGAGAUUCUGAUCAAUGCAUCUCUAAUCAUAGAUGUUUCACAAAUGGAUACUACCUUAGUGAUUGACCAGGUAGUAAAAGGUGAGCUAUAGAUUUUUUUUUUUCAUAGAUUUGUUUGAAAAACACCUUUAUUGACGGUAUUUGGUUUUUUGUUCACUAAAUGAGUGACCGACGUUGGACGCGUCUUUCGUGAUCUGUGUAACAUCUUUUGAUAUUUUUUUUCUGUUCUAUUUAAACAAAAGAAUACAUUAUUUUGUGAUGUAGUACUUGUUUGUCUUUUCUCGAACUUUGUUUUUCCCAAGCCUUUUGCUUGUCCACUUUAUUCAUUUUCUUUUUGCACAAUGAUUGGGUGCAAGAGCUAAACUGUAAAUGACGAAAAAGUAGCCGAAAUCCAAAGAAAAACAUUGAAUGACAUUUAGAAAGUCUGGAAAACUGUUGAUUGAAAAGACUUUAGAGGACUACGAGAAAGAAAGCCUGGCUGAUCAAACUCAACGAUAGAGAUGAUUAAUGGAUUUAAUUUUUGCAUAGCACUGAAGAAAGAUGAACCAGUUGACCCAAGAUUGGGAUCAAAUCUACUCUGAUCAGUGAUUGGGAGGUCAAAUACUGAAAAAGUAUGAGUCCCACCAUUAGGAGUCUAUGAACACAUUGGCCAACAGCUUAGACCUGAAUGCUGCGAUAAAUGAGUAGGGAUCAUUUUGUCUUAUUUUCCCUCAUGUUCUGUUGGAUUCAAAACUACUACCUCUACCAAAUAACCUGCAGCACAUUCUAUUUUAUGUGUUAUAGCCUUUAAAAUAAUAAUUUUUAAAAAAUCAAAAAUGGUGAGUCCGAUCCAUAGUGAUCAGCCUGAUCAAUGCAUCUUUGUUGCUGUAUAUGAUUAGAUCAGUCAUUAAGAGGAUCGUAUUAAUAAUACAGAGGUCACUGAUCACCAAUCGGGGUUAAAUUUGUAUUGCCACUUUCGCUCUGUCUGUCGUUGGUGAUUAUGUUGUUGAAACUAAUUCUCAAUCCACUACGUAAGGUUAAAUGCUAAUAAGCAGUUGAUGAUCUGCCCAAACCCGACUCCAUCAGCUAAUCGGGACAUAAGAAUUGUUUCGGUCAUCUACAAGCAUUUGUAAAAUCCACAUCAGUGGCUUUUUUUCUUUUUUUUUUUAAAGUUAGUUUGUUAUAGUGAUGGUGCUGUUCACAAAAGCCAUCCUAGGUGAUUAAUGAGUAUAAGCAGACCUCUGUGGGUUCCUACAGGGGCUUUAAUUUAGAGUACGCCUCCUCCAAUUGAAAGAUUGAAUGUGCAGCCCCGAAGGCCGAAAACAUUUCGUCGGCUUCUCGUCUGUUCACUGAACCGAGUCUGACACAGUCAAUUGUCUGACACCUUCAAGUGUGCCCUCUCUACAUCCUCCCCUCUCUGUUGUUCUGUGUACAAAACAAUGUUACUUUAUUUAUUUUACUACGGCAGUGUUAAAUUGAGAUAAUUAGGUAUGGAGAUCAACCUGCAAAUCUUUUGACAUGUUGAAAUGUAAAGUUUAAAAAGAGGCAUCAGUUAUUGUAAUAAAUUGUAACAUAUUCUUUUAAAUAAACUGAUUUAUUGAUGCAAA